CACAGGGGCACUGCGGAGCCUAGGGGCGGCGGCGGCGGCGAAGCAGGAUGGAGAUCCCCGUGCCUGUGCAGCCGUCUUGGCUGCGCCGCGCCUCGGCCCCUUUGCCCGGGCGCCUCUUCGACCAGCGCUUCGGCGAGGGGCUGCUGGAAGCCGAGCUGGCUGCGCUCUGCCCCGCCACGCUGGCCCCCUACUACCUGCGCGCACCCAGCGUGGCGCUGCCUGCCGCCCAGGUCCCGACGGAACCUGGGCAUUUCUCGGUGCUGCUGGACGUGAAGCACUUUUCCCCAGAGGAAAUCGCCGUCAAGGUGGUUGGCGACCACGUGGAGGUGCAUGCGCGCCACGAGGAGCGCCCGGAUGAGCAUGGAUACAUCGCACGCGAGUUCCACCGCCGCUACCGCUUGCCGCCUGGUGUGGACCCUGCCGCCGUGACGUCUGCGCUGUCUCCUGAGGGCGUCCUGUCCAUCCAGGCCGCUCCCGCGACAGCCCAGGCGACGGCCCAGGCUCCACCGCCGCCGCAGGCUGCUGCCAAGUAGGCGGUCAUGCCUGAACCCUGGGAGCCGCCUCUGGCCCCCUCUUUUAAAGCCGACCUGACUCCGCCCAGCCAGAUGUCCUGAGCGCGCCAAAACCACCCACCCAAUCUGGGAUCCUACCCUGACCCUUCUCAACUAGGCUCUGCCCUGGUAACCUAGACCUUUCUACUGACGCUCCCACUCUCAUACCCCCUCCAGCUUUCAACCCCCUGACACCUCCCUAGCUUCCAGGCCCUACAAGCACAACCCCUCAGCCUACAGUCUCCCAGCCCCACUGACCCCACUUUCUUGGCAAUAUAAACCCACUCAAAAUUCCCUCCUCUGCUUCCUUCUGACUCAUCUGUUAAAACAUCUCCAAAUCCCAUUUUGAUCCUUUCCCCACUCUGACACUAUGUUAUGGUGUGGCCAGCCCUGCUCCACCCCUAGAUCAGUCAAGCAUAAUCCCUCUCCACCCCUCAAAUAUCCCAGACUGCCCAGACCUCCCACCCCAGACCAUCUAGCCCUGGUCCUCAAGACUCUGGAUCCUUCCCCCUCGUUCCAACUGGACACUACUCCCCCUACCCAUCUUGUGACUUGAAACCCCAGCCAGCCACCCCCAGACUCUUGAGCCCCUUUUCCGACCCCCACCCCUGGACACCUAUUUCAGGCCAAGCAGGACCCUCAGCCUCAGACUGUACAGACACCCACCCCAUCUCCCCAGAUUCUGCACA